ACCACUUUUUGUCAUGGUCAGCGUCACUCAUUCCCACAAAAAAACUCUUUUUUUUUUCUUUCUAAAAAUAUAUAUACUUCUGAAAUUCCUAAUGGUCUAAGCAUUUAUUCCCAGAUAGGUAUACAGAGAGAGAGAGAGAGAAAGCUUCUCUUAAACUCCUUUUCAGUGGUAGUGGAGCAGAACAAUGGAGAAUCUGCCUCUUGGGUACCGUCCCAACGUUGGUGUUUGCCUCAUUAACUCUGAUGAUCAGGUUUUUGUUGCUUCAAGAUUGAAUGUUCCCGGAGCAUGGCAGAUGCCUCAGGGAGGAAUUGAAGAGGGUGAAGAACCUAAGUUGGCAGCUAUUAGAGAACUGCGAGAAGAAACUGGGAUUGUAUCGGCUGAAAUCAUUGCUGAGGUUCCAAAUUGGUUGACUUAUGACUUCCCUCCAGCUGUGAAGACCAAAGUCAAUCGUCUCUGGGGAGGCGAAUGGCAUGGACAAGCACAAAAGUGGUUUCUUAUGAGAUUAACAAAAGAUGAGAGUGAGGUGAACUUAGCUACUGGUGAAGCAGAACCAGAAUUUUCAGAGUGGAAAUGGGCAACCCCAGAAGAAGUUAUCGAGCAAGCAGUGGACUACAAGAGGCCAACAUAUGAGGAAGUUAUGAAACAUUUCAAGCCUUACUUCAUAAAUGAACAAUCGGCUAAAUGUAAAUCAACAAAAUGGUGAAUGUUGUUGUGAGUGUUUGUUGUUGUUGUUGUUGUUGUUAGUUUAUUUUGCCCAUUAAGUUUGGUUUCAAUGGAGCUAGCUCUGCUUCUUGUAAAUGGAUAUAUGACGAAACUUCAAAUUAGUGGUUGCUUUGUUACAAGACAAUAAAUCCUUUUUUUGCACAAAAAGAAAA